AUGGCCAAGAAGGAUGUGGCGUGUUUCUGGAUCGUACUGCUCCUGUGCCAAGAGCUACGGACCGACCCGAUCGCAGAGAUGAGACCAUCCUCUGGUAUCCUGAUUCAAGAGACACCAGGGUUCAUCUUGACAGAGAAGAGGAUCCUGACCCGACGUGUGUUCGUCAGCUUGGACACAAAGAUUUCCAUCGAGAAGGCAUACAACAUUUCAUCGAUGCAGCUUCCUGAGUUACAGACUUGGUACCAGAUGCACCUCCAAAGAGCACAGGACCGUGUGCGAAACAUCUUGGAGCAAGCCCGGAAACCAUUUGUAUAUCCAGUUCUAUUCCGAUGA